CCGACGGUAAAUAAGACUUGAUUGACGAAGCCAACUUCUUAGAGAAGAGUUCUCAUCAUUUAUCUGCGCAUCAUCUCAGGAGACAACCGAGAUGAGCGGGAACACACGGGAUAACACCACUGGCAACUUGACCAGUCUGGCCAGCUUUCACAGUAUGACAGACCACACAGAAUGGAUGUCAGAGCUUGAUAGGCAUGGCAACAAACCCAGUGAAUGGCUCGCUUACCUCUCCCUGGUAGAAUCACACACCUUACACGCAGAGGAGACCAGUCGCUUCAGGUUCCUGAGUCUCGCCUACAACCGUGCCACCAAGCAGAUCCCCAUCGACAAGUACCGCGACGACCCGGCCUACGCCAGGAUCUUCAUCAAGCUUGCUCACCUCAAAGCCACCCGUGAUGUGGAUGACGGACGCUUGAUGUUCAAGUUUGCCCGGGCCAAUGUUAGAAAGCAAGCCAUUGUUCAUCUGGAAGCUGCAAAGUUUGAAGAAACCCAUGGUGAUGUUAAGAAAUGUCUGAGUAUCCUGGAGAAGGGUCAGAAAGUGACCUCUGACCCAAAGCUGACCGAGGCCAUUCACCGAGUCAAGAACGGACUUCCCAUUCUCAUUGAUUCACAAGAACCUAUGGACUCCCAUGAUGGGCCACAAAUGAUUAAUGUUGUCCCGCCAGCCUUGGUACAUCCCUCUCACAAUGAGCCGGAAGAGAAGAAAUCCAGUCACGUGCCUUGUACUAUGGAGUAUGUAGACACUACUGUUAGUUUCAGAAGACCAGAGGUUGGAUCAAGGAUUCCUUCCCAGCACAAGUGUGAGAGUAGUGAUCAUGAAGGGGAUACAAUGCCUAUAAAUGCUGGAAGGUACUCUGGCCUUCAGACUCCUGAUGUUCAGAACAAGAUGAAUGUGUUUGGAAGUAGCAGGCGCAAGAGGAGCAACAUUGGUAUGCCUAUGAGAGUCAGCAGAACCAGCCUUCCACAGCUCAAGAAGGAGUCAUCCAAGGAUGAUGACGAUGAUGAUGAUGAAGACGACGAUGACAUCAGACCCCUGAAGAGUAGCCCACCAGAAGUGAAACCUGGACCGCUAGCACCGAUCACAGAGAAGACCAAUGAGAGCGAUUCAGGCGUCCAGACGACGCCUCGUGAUAUCACCCAGCAAGAGAGGAAUCCUUUCCCCUUCAAAGGAAGGACCGUGGAGACGCCGGUAGAAUCUACAGUGCCAGGACAAUGGGCGAACUUUAUGAAAAGACAAGAACCUGCAAUGCCUGUUCAACAAAUGGGCUAUGAUCAAACGCCACUUCAGCAACAAUGGCAACAACAGCCUCAACAGCAACCACUACCUCCACAAAUGGGCAUGCCACAUGUGGAUAUGCAACAGUUUCAGCCACUCCAGCAACGCCUUUUCCAGCAGCCCGCUCCUGCUGUCAUGCAGCCCAGCCAACAAUAUCCAGCACCACAGAUGGUGGCCCCAGCCCCCCAACCAAAGUCUAAGAAUAUUAUACAGGUCAAUGGGAAAGGAUACUCCAUCAUUAGACUCAUUGGCAAAGGUGGCUCAUCGAAGGUUUUCCAGGUUCUCAGCGAAGACAGUAAGAAGAUAUUGGCCUUGAAGUAUGUGAAGCUGGACUUUGCUGACGAGAUGGCUAUUCAGAGUUACAUGAAUGAAAUCACUCUACUUGAAAGACUCAAAUCAUUCAAAAGGAUUAUCCAUCUCUAUGAUUAUGAGAUCACAGAGGACUACAUCUACCUGGUCAUGGAGUGCGGUUCCAUUGAUCUGGCUACCUUCUUGAAGAAGAACAAAGAUAGCUUUUCUGAUCAUAUGUGGGGAUACUGGAAAGAGAUGCUGGAAGCCGUUGAUGUCAUUCAUAAACAAGGCAUCGUCCACAGCGAUCUGAAACCCGCUAACUUCAUCUUUGUUGAAGCCAGUCUGAAGCUGAUAGACUUUGGUAUAGCCAACGCGAUUCAGAAUGACCACACCAGCUUGAUAAAGGAAUCCCAGGUUGGGACACUCAACUACAUGUCGCCAGAGGCCAUUCAGGACACAUCCCCGGUCACAGAGGUCAAUGAGUAUGGUCACAAGAAACCUAGACUCAAGAUCAACUGUAAAAGUGAUGUAUGGUCUUUGGGUUGUAUCCUAUACUCCAUGGUCUACGGUCGCACACCGUUCCAGCACAUAGUUCACAGGCUUCUCAAGAUGCAGGCCAUAUGCAAUCCAGAUCAUGUCAUUGACUUCCCGCCCAUUGAAAACAAGCUGCUCCUUGAUGUGAUGAAGAAAUGCCUUACUAGAGAUGUAAAGAAAAGGCCUUCAAUUGAGGAGCUGCUCAACCAUCCAUACCUGAAGAAACCAUUUACUGCAGAGAAGCCAGCAGCAAGCCUAACCACUGAGCAUAUUAGUGCUCUUGUCUCUCAGCUUAGCCAGAGUCAAAUCAACUCACCUAGGAGUAUAGCAAGACUAGCACAGGGUGUGGUGGAACAAAUCAGUAGAGGGCAGCAGAUAGAUGUAUCCAGUGCAGUGAAGGGCAGUGAGCAGCAGCAGAUUCCACCAGCUCAUCAGCAGUACCAGUACUCAAACCAGCCACACCCCCAACCACACCCCCACCAGCAUGGGCAGGCCUCGGGACAUGAUGGGGGCUAUCGGUCACAGCGUGCUCCUCUUCGGGUUAUCAACUCAUCAGAUGUAGCCUCUCAUCACUCUCUUCUCAAACCUCUUUCUCAAGCUCCCAAGUAUGAUAUCGGAUCCUUUCAAGAAAAUAACCAGAUGAAUACCUGAGUGGAUCUUCUGUCUUUUCAACACAAUAGAUGAUUUCAAGUAUGGUGGUGUCCUCAUGGUGUUGAUGUUGGCCAUAUUUUAUAUCAACACAGCACCAAACUUACAGUGAAGCUGAUGCUACGACUAAUCUCCAUCAACGUUGUGAUAUGGAUCAUAUCGUAAACUCAAAGUGGGUGUUGGGGCUUUUGAAGGCAAUCUAAAUUGUGGAACACUGACACCGACACUAACACCAAAAUUGGAAACUGUCAAUGGAUAAAGGGUGCUGGGCCGUGAUCACUGCCUUCAAGGGCAGAAACUAUAUCUUUAAUGUUUGAAGGAACUAUUACCCCAGGGGCUUGUCUUACAAGGAGUUAUAUUUGAUCCAAUCAAUCGUAACUCUAUGGAAAUCCAUCAGUGUCAUGAUAUUUUCUACAGGAAAU